UUUACUUAUUUCAACAACAAAAAAAAAAAAAAAGAGAAUGGCGCAAGAUGUUCCUACAUUGAAACUUUUAUUAAUUGGGAACUCCAAUGUUGGCAAAAGCUCGUUAUUACUACGAUUCACUGAUGAUACCUUUUUACCCCAAGAAGAAGUUUCUGCAACUAUUGGUGUUGACUUUAAAGUUAGUAUGAUGGAAGUGGAUGGUCAAACAUAUAAACUCACUAUUUGGGAUACCGCUGGUCAAGAAAGAUUCCGUACAUUAACAUCUUCAUACUAUCGAGGAGCUCAGGGUUAUAUGAUUAGUAGCCGUGAAACAUUUGAUGCUUUGAAUACUUGGUGGAAUGAAGUGAAUACAUAUUGCUCUAGUCCGGAUGUGGUCAAGAUGAUUGUAGGCAACAAAGUGGACAAAGAAGCUUCCCGUGUUGUGACCUAUCAAGAAGGCGCAGAUUUAGCCCGAAGAUUACAGACUUUGUUCGUGGAAUGUAGUGCAAAGACCAAAAUCGGUGUGGAGGAGGCUUUUGAAGAAUUGGUCACCAAGAUCAUUGAAACACCUAGUUUAUGGCAAAAAAAGACAACAACAUCCUCUACUCUACGAAUGACCAAUGGUAGUGAAUCUACUGAUACUUCUUCUUGUGCUUGCUGAUUUGGUAUUCCCAUUGUCCUUUUUGGUUGUUUUCCAUUCCCGCCUUCCAUCAAUUCGACCUAAAUUUUAUAGGUUAAUUAUAGAAACUUACUAGAUGACCUUUCUCCCUUGCUUUAUCAUCAUCAUAUUCACGACAUCUUAGUAUAGUUCCCUUUUUUUUUUCUUUCUUAACAUCACUAUGUUUAUUCAAUCCUAUUUUCAAUCUAUUAUCUUUUCCUUUAAUUAAUAAAUAGUCACCCUCCCUUAUCGUUUA